CGCAUGCGCCCUGGCUCCUGCCCGUUCCCACGCUCGGGCGUUUGAGCCUCGGCCGCCUCGGACGCUCCGCCGACGGUGGUGGGAGUAAAUUUAAAUGAACACUCAUCAUUUAUGGGAUGUAAAUUUAUUUGAAGAUGGACAAUUUUAUUCUUUAUGAAGAGAUUGGAAGGGGAAGCAAGACCACUGUGUACAAAGGACGGCGGAAAGGCACCAUUGAUUUUGUGGCCAUUCUUUGCUCUGAUAAAAGCAAAAGAGCUGAAUUAACUAAUUGGGUUCGUCUUACCCAUGAAAUUAAACACAAGAAUAUAGUAACUUUUCAUGAAUGGUAUGAAACCAGCAACCACCUCUGGAUGAUACUGGAACUGUGCACAGGUGGUUCCUUAGAAAUGGUUAUUGCUCAAGAUGAACAUCUCCCUGAAGAUGUAGUAAGAAAGUUUGGUAUUGAUUUGGUUACUGGGCUACAUUACAUUCAUGAACAUGGAAUUCUUCUUUGUGAUAUUUCACCUGGAAAGAUACUCUUGGAAGGGCCAGGUGCAUUGAAAUUCAGUAAUUUUUGCUUGGCUAGAGCAGAAGGUGAGAAUUUGGAAGAGUUCUUUGCUUUAAUUACCACAGAGGAGGGAGGAGGUGAUUGCAGUGAGAAUACUUCACAGAAGAACCCGAAAAAUAAAAUCAAAGGAGUGUCGGUAUAUACGGCUUCCAGAAAUUGUACAGGAACUGACUUCUCCACAGCAAGCGAUUUGUGGUCUUUAGGUUGUUUGCUUUAUGAAAUGAACUUUUAUUUUUUAGGAAGACCUCCAUUCUUUUCAGAAAGCUUAUUGGAAUUAAUUGAACAGAUUUUAUGUCAAGAUCCUCUACCCCCUAUGGCAAAAGGUUCCUCUGCUUUAGAAGCAUCUUCAGAAUUGGUUAAUUUACUCAAUGGCUUACUUCAGAAAGACCCUCAGAAAAGAUUGACCUGGAUAGAUUUGCUACAGCCCAUCUGGAAAGAUGCUUUCAGCAAUAAUGAUAUGUCUGUAACCGCUCAAGAAGCCAAAAUCAGCCAGGAAACUGCAGAGUGCUCGAGGCCUCAAGACUCUGAGGAACUGUUGGAGAGCCAAAGAAGCCCUCAGGAUGCACAAUCUACCAGGCUGAAGAACCGUCAGCAACUUAACCGUUCUUUCAAAUUAGAAAAUCCAGCUGAACUGCGACCGAAAAGUGCCAUUGGUGGUGAAGUUCUUGAAUCUAUGUUUCUACUCAGUUCCCGGCCCACUCCUAGAACAAGUUCUACAGUGAUGAUGAACCAUGGUAAUGGAAUAACUCAGCAAUCAGCCCCAGAGGCUUCUCAUCUGUCAAGGGUUAAAGAUACUCAUUGUAGUCAACAAGACCUGAAAUCCAAGAUGAAGGAGCUCAUCUACACAGACUCUGACCUGAUUGUGACCUAUAUUAUUGACAAUCCAAAGAUAAUCAAACAGCCGUCAGCAAGAUUUGACCCCAAAAUAUUGCCUUUUCCAGCACAUUCAGUGGACAGGCUAGAAUUUCUGCAAGGCCAAGACUGGGAUGUCUUUUUGCAGCAAUUAUGUCUAUUAACUGAAUCAACAGAGAAGAGUACAAGGAUUUUGAGAGCAAAAUUGAACCUGUUUAGCUAUCUGUGCACUGUGGCUAACCAUAAGGGAGUAGCAACCAGGUUAAUCAGCUCACAACUGUUCCCAUUGUUAAUCCAGCAGUUGCGAGGAGCUUCAAAUUGGGACCUACGUUCCAAAGUUGCUCGGGUGAUUGGUUUGCUGGCGUCACGUACAAUAGAACUUAAUGAAAAUGUACCUGUUACUGAGGCAGUCACUCUAUUAACUGAGCUAAUUAAAGAAAACUUCAGGAACAGCAAAUUGAAGCAGUGCCUUUUACCAACUCUUGGAGAGCUAAUCUACCUGGUAGCUAGUCAGGAAGAAAAAAAAGGGCACCCCAGAGAAUGCUGGGUUCUUCCCUUGGCUGCUUACACUGUGCUAAUGAGGUGCCUUCGGGAAGGGGAAGAACGGGUGGUGAAUCACAUGGCAGCAAAAAUUAUUGAGAAUGUCUGCACAACAACCUCCUCCACUGUACAGGGCUUUAUUUCAGGAGAAAUUGGACCAACUCUGUGGUACCUGUUCACUCAUUCCACCGUAGAUUCACUGAGAAUAACGGCUAUAUCGGCUUUAUGCAGAAUUACUCGCCAUUCCCCUAGCGCUUUCCAGAACGUCAUUGAAAAGGUGGGAUUGCCUGCUUUAAUCAAUUCACUGGCAUCUGCCAUAUGCAAAGUUCAGCAGUAUCUGCUCACCUUGUUCACGGCUAUGCUGUCACAUGGAAUUCAUCUUCAGAGGCUCAUUCAAGAAAAGGGUUUUGUUACCACAAUCAUCCGUUUAUUUGACAGUCCUUCAACUUCAAUUCGAGCUAAAGCCUUUUUGGUCCUUUUACAUGUUUUGAUUCCUAACCGAGAGAUGCUGCUGCUUAGUUGCCAAGCAAGACUGGUGAUGUACAUCGAAAGAGACAGCAGGAAGGCCACACCAGGAAAGGAGCAGCAAAGUGGCAAUGAAUACCUGUCAAAAUGCCUGGAUCUUCUCAUCUAUCACGUUGUGCAGGAGCUGCCAGGAAUUCUAGAUGACAUUCUUCGAGUGUUGGAAAAUGUUUCUGGACGUAAACAUCCAUCAACAGUUCAAGCUAAGCAACUGAGAAUAUACCUUCCCAUGAUGCCAGUGGUGCUUCAUCUUGUGACAUCACAGGUAUUCCGCCCUCAAAUUAUAACAGAGGAGUUUCUUUUCAACUAUGGAACUUUGCUUAAUCAUAUUAAAUCAAUAGACUCACGAGAGACUAACAUAGAUGGAGCCUUAGGUCAAAGUGCAUCAGAAGAAUUAAUUAACAUCACUCUGUUGGCCUUGGAAGCAGUAACACAGCAUCCAAUCUUCUUGACACUUUUUCGCUCUACGGUUGUGGACUCCAUCCUCCCUCCCCUAGUUUCUUUGGUUCUCAGUCAAAAUGUGGAACGGAGACUCUUCAGCUUGCGGUUGCUCUCAGAAACCACAUCACUUCUUGUGAGCCACGAGGUCAUGGCCGGGGAGAAAGAGGAGAGACUGGACUCGAACAACAAGCUUCUGUCUCUUGUUAGAGAGAUAUUACUUCCUCAAUGUGAACACAUACUUCUGGAGCCCGAUCCUGUCCCGGCUUACGCCCUGAAACUGCUCGUCGCAAUGACUGAACACAGCCCCAUUUUUACCAGCCUCGUGAAGGAAAGCAAGCUGGUUCCAGUUCUUUUUCAAGUUAUUUUGAAACACCAGAACAGUGUGCUGGGUAAUACGAUGUGGAAUGUCAUCGCCUUACUCAGAAAUUUGAUUGCUUCAAAAGAUUUGAAAAUGAAGUUACUUUAUAAACAAGGAUUGGUCUCUCACAUCUGUCACCUCUUAACUGAAGCUGCAACAGUGUACCUGGAAAUGGACAGUAAAAACAGUAUCAAGACUGCAAUUGCACUGCUUCUUUCUCUGCUUGAUAUUUUACACUGCAUGCUAACUUAUACCACCAACAUUGUACGGCUGACUUUGCAGGCCCAGAAGUCUGGAACAGGAGGGGACACUCAGGCUGCUGAAGACCUUCUGCUUAUCAAUAAACCCCUGACAGACCUAAUUAGCUUACUUAUUCAGCUGCUUCCCAGUGAGGACCCUGAAAUAUUUGAAAAUUCAUCAAGGUGCUUGUCAAUAUUGGUUCAGCUGUAUGGAGGGGACAACCCAGAUAGCAUGUCUCCAGAACAUAUUGAGAACUUUGCUAAGGUACUGAAGACCAAGAAGCCAAAGGAACUGAAGCUCUUGUUGAGAAUCAUGAAGAGACUGAUCACUUCAAACAAGCAGCACUUAGAGAGUCUGAGGAAUAAUGGAGGAAUUCUCAUCCAAGCCCUGGAGGAAAUGGCCCCGACUGCCAGCGGUCCUGCUGACACUAUUGCUUCCUUGGCUUCUGAGAUUCUCCAGUCGAUCAGAUGCUAGAGAGAUUAAGGCCACUUGAUCAAGCGUCUCGGUUUGCGCAUCCCAGCAUUGGCGGUGGACAGGAGCCCACCUCUGAAUACUGGGAGAGCAAAGAGCACCAGCUUUGGAAGCCCAGGGACGUUUCGGUAUCCACUUCCUGUGGAGGAACUCUUUCUAGCUUUAGAGCCAGGCCACCCCUGCUCAACUUUGGAGUGGGCUAGUUUCGGUGCUUUUGGUCACGCUGAAUUCCCCUCAGUUUGUCUUUCCGAAGGUUAUAGUGGGAGAGCGGCCCCAUUGUUUGUCUCAUGCUGGUCAGGACACUGGGCCUUGCCCAAGUGGGAUCGUGUUGCAAAUAAAGGGUUGAAUGGGAAUGGAAA